CUCAAAGUCAAGAUUGAAAGAACACAACGACGCGCGACAAGAUGGAUCCUAAGAUUAAGAAUAGGUGAGAUAUCUUACCAGGAGGGACUUCAGACUUUGGACAUGCUGCCGUUGUGUUAUGACAGAGAGACUCAAGACUUGCAUGGUCUUCUUUUAUAAGGCACUAUACGGUUACGUAGACUUAGACAUAAGCAAUUAUGCCAGUUUUAUAAAUCAUGGUCGUUCUCGACUAACCUUAAAUCCUAGUCUAUUACUUCAAGUGCCGUUAUGUAGAACAACUACAUUUAAAAACUCUUACUUUAAUCGAACAUUUCAUUUAUGGAAUGUAGUGUGUAGAACUGCAUCACCUAAUAGCUUCGUGACAUUAUUUACUUUUAAGAACUUUCUUCGUCAGACUUAUUCGUUUUUACGUAAUUCAGCUUUUGACGUAGACAUGCCAUGUACCUGGUCUCUUGUUCGGGACUGCCCAUGUCACAUAAAUUAAAAUAAUGUAAAGCUCUUUGACUGAAGUAAAGUUCGUUUCAUGUACAUGCCCAACUCACAUGUUUUCAAAACAAGUUUUAUUUUCUGUACAUUUUUCCAAAAUCUGCCUUUUACGUAUUUGAGAGAUCAGUUGUGGGUUAUGCGCAAAUCGAGCUUUACCUCAACUAUAAUUUAUAGUGUAUUGUAAAUAUAAUUGUAAAGUUUAUAAGGGGGGUGCCUCGCAUGGGGCAAAUGCAACUAUUGGCCCUCUGUCAGGAAUGGAACCUGCGGCCCUGCGAUUCCAGUGCAUCGCUCUAACCAACUGAGCUACAGAGAGACAGUUGUCGAGCUCUAACCAACUGAGCUACAGACAGUUGUCGAGCUCUAACCAACUGAGCUACAGAGAGACAGUUGUCAUGCUCUAAUCAACUGAGCUACAGAGAGACAGUUGUCGAACUCUAACCAACUGAGCUACAGAGAGACAGUUGUCGAGCUCUAACCAUCUGAGCUACAGAGAGACAGUUGUCGAGCUCUAACCAACUGAGCUACAGAGAGACAGUUGUCGUGCUCUAACCAACUGAGCUACAGAGAGACAUUCGUCGAGCUCUAACCAACUGAGCUACAGAGAGACAGUUGUCGAGCUCUAACCAACUGAGCUACAGAGAGACAGUUGUCGUGCUCUAACCAACUGAGCUACAGAGAGACAGUUGUCGAGCUCUAACCAACUGAUCUACAGAGAGACAGUUGUCGAGCUCUAACCAACUGAGCUACAGAGAGACAUUUAUCGAGCUGCAACCGCAGGUUCAUGUGCAUAUACUGAAGUGCUGCCAUUGUAAAGUGUACUGGCAAAUAUCAGGAUUUUGGGCAUCUCACUCGAUAGAAUUGCAGAAAGAUGUUUGUAGAUAGAUAUUUCGAGUGUGUACAUAAAAUAAACCUAACUAGGAGCAGUUGCGAAAAAUGCAACUAUAUGCCCUCUGGUUUUUACCCUGACGAAGAGUAAUGUUAAAGUAAUACCAAGCUAACAAGUGAAUUGGAAUGAACAUAGCACGAAUCAAGUGUUAUGGGAAGUUUUAUUUUGCAUAAGCAAAGAUAACAGCGAAUAAAUCAUACUUUUCUUCUUUAAACCACAGACAUGAAUUUAAAAAACCGACAACGGAGGAAGACUGGCUUGACGGCGGUUUUAAAAAAGAAGGAAAGGGAGACAAAAAGGCGGUAGAAAACUGUUCCAAUGAGGAAAAAGAUGAGUUCAAGCACCAGGACAAUAAGUUGGAAACAAAAAACGAUUCAAACCAAGGUCCUGACUUGUUGCAGUGUUCUGGUGGAAAUGGAAAUGAUGCGCCUUCUAAGAAUCAACCCACAGUGAAUCAAAGCGAACAAUCCUGGCAAGCUACAGCUAAACCAAGCCAUGGAUAUGGAAAUAAUGGUGGAGGAUUUGGAGGUGAUGGCAACGAUCCACCCAAGAGAAAUCCUGAACUUUUUAAAGGACAUUAUCUUGAAUCUGAUGUACCUCUGAAGAAGAAAGGUACAUUUGAAUAUUUGUUGUCAUUGCAAUCAUAAUUCGCAUGUACGAAUAAAAAUUGUUUUCCACUCCAAUCGUAUCGAACCGUAUAGUAUUUUUUUGUCAAUAUCAUUAUUUUUGUUCUGGUGCUCCCAAAAUAUAGAAAUACGCCAUGUUUGGUUACGAUACGUUUGGAGUAGAAUAUAAGCUUAAUUACUUUCGCACAAGAAAGAAACAUUUUGUUUUGCAUUGUAAUAUAGAUGAAAUGGCAAAAGACAGUGGUAAAGUGCAACCUGAAACGUUGGGUGUUCCAGUGCCAUGCGCAGAAAGCUCUGGGUCAAGCAAUGAGUCAACAGCGAAUGAGGAUAGAUCAACCGCGAAAGACGAAAAUGGGUCAAGGGAGACGCAAGUAGAUAGGUUUUUGUCGUUGGAAAACAUGUCUAUGUCUGACGACAAGAACGAAAACCCUCAGUCUUCAGACAAUGGUAAUGGAGUAGGUUUGCUGCGUGGAAAUGAAAAUGUAGUUGGUUUGUUGGAUGGAAAUGGAGUAGGUUUGCUGGGUGGAAAUGAAGUAAGCUUGCUGGGUGGAAAUGAAGUAGGUUUGCUGGGUGGAAAUGGAGUAAGAAGUUUGGUGGAUGGAAAUGGAUUAGGUUUGGUGGAUGGUUUUGGACAAGGUGCGAUGGAUGGAAAUUGGUCAAGCAUUGUGCCAGUGAAUACUGUGGAUAUGCGUUCAGAUAUCGAGAACGAUUGGAGAGAUUGUGGAGAUUCAGACAAUGACAAUGAUGGAAAUCUUGGCCAGAAUGUAAGUUAUAAUUCGUUAUUUUUAAAUGAAUUAGAAUUGGUUUUCUGUAUGUUAUAGUUCGAUCUUCUCAAGAUGAAAUUAACUUAUCUAUAAUAAUUUGUCUAAGUUAAAAAUAAUUGAAGUAGUAUAGGGAAGGGGGGUUCUGGGACGGGUGGUGCACUAAGCACCACCCAUGACGUCAUCACAGUAUAAUUUCAUAUCAAUUACACGCGCUUAGAGAAUGACUGCACCCACUCAGCCAAUCAGCUUCGAGUAUUUCAUUACUCUAUAUCUCAUAGUGUGCUAAAUCAUCAAGUGGCGAGGGCUUUGAAGCGUAGGGAAAAUGUGGGGUUAAGAAAACAAAAGGUUUAAUAAAAAGAUUAAAUCAUUAGCCACUCUAUUUAAUUCAUUAACCACUCUAUUGAAUUCAUUAGUGACUCUAUAUAGAGUCAUAUAUAGAGUCACUAGCGAGUCUAUAUAGAGUCACUAAUGAAUUCAAUAGAGUAGUUAAUGAUUCAUAAAAAAUCACACCUAAAGCAGUUAUUGUACAAGUUGUCCAAAAUUUACAAAGUAAGAACACCAGCCUUUUCGUUAUAAUUAUAGCAUUAACACGCACAUACACCAAUUCAUUGGUGUAUUAACACUCACAUACACCAUUAUAAUUAUAGCAUUAACACGCACAUACACCAAGACAUUUGUUACUUUUUGCAGCAAUUCAUCGCUUGGCGCCUUCGCCGUUUAUAACUUUGUACUGCCGUACUUCUGUGUCUUCUUGCUAAUAAAACUAACCACUCUCGCACAGUUGGUCUGUACGCAAUUGUAAGCAUGAAUACACAAAUAAUUAAAGUGCACAAGACCGUCAACCGUUAUUAUAACUUUAAUUGCAUGCCUUCAAUUCCUUCGUGGAUGCAGUCAUUCUCUAAGACUGUUAGAGCAUGGUCACGUGUGCUCUAUCGGAUAUAGAGUCCCUCGAAUUAGUUAAAAGGCCACUCGGGGCCUACGGCCCCUCGUGACCUUUUAACUAAUUCGAGGGACUCUAUAUCCCAUAUAGCACACGUGACCAUGCUCUAACCAUUACUUGUAAUGUAUUUAAAGAGUGUGGGGCAAUGAUUACUAGCAUUUUAAGAAAUUUUUUUUAAGUUUAUUACUUUGCUAAUAUUUAUCCCCACAUAUAUUCCUUCUAACAAACUGAGUGUAUUUUAAACACGUUCUCGAUAUAUACUCUACUAAAGUUGUUGUAAUGCUUGUGGGACGUAGAUAUUACACGCAUGCGCAGUGAGAAUUGUGUACUACGGAAAUUAAUUCCUGACUUAUUAGGAGUUUUCAAAGAUUCCGGGGGAGGGGGAAAUUCUGCAGAGAAUAUCCCAGUUUAUUCAAAAUUCCCCAAAAUCAUAAACGACAAUAGAAAUAGAGUAUAAAAGGUGUAUUUGAAUUCAUCGUAUUACAAGGUUUUAUUAGAUUAUCUUAGAGUGUCCACUACUUUAACACCAUCCUUGGUUUUCUCUGGGGAUGUAUUCACCAUGUUUAGGACUAUUAAACAAGGAAUAAUAAAAAUCCAGACAUACAUAUGAAAUUUUUUAAACAGAACUAAGAUAUGCUAAGCUCAAGUUAAAAUCGUUAUCAACGCCGUUGUUAUGGUCGAUAUUUGCAUAUUACAGAGUCAUUAAAAAGUGAUUAACCCGUCAACCCCGUGUGGAUAUAUACAAUUUUUUUUAUUUCACCCAGCGAGCUUGAGACAGGAAAAAAUACUAAAGAACAGAGAGUUAUUACAGAUUAUAUGCAAGAUUGUCGAGAAUUGCACCCUGAUAGUUCUCAACACAAUAAGUUUUAGUUUUCUGUAGUUUUAAUAACAUUUACACGCACUAUAAAUCUCUCACAACACGCUGUCUCAAAAUUGUUUCACAAAUCACAAUAACAACUACCGGUAUAUUCCGGAACUUUCCGACAGAGUUCAGUUCGGACUCGCGCGUCCCACGCGUAACAAAACAUAAUAUAUAAUGACAGUUUUCGACACCCUCCCCCCAUAUAGCUUGUAAAGGAUAUAUGUUCUCAAGGAAACUUUUACUGUAAUUUAUCAAGUUCUAAUGUCUCAAUGUUUACACUUGUUCUUCAUUUUCGAUUUCGGCCAUUUCCUGGAUUCUGGAACGCGCUGCCACCGCCGCGUCUCGAGUUGGUCGGAAAACAGGAGCUGUUGGGUUAAGGGGCGGAGGGUCCUCUUGACGCUGAUUGCACGACAACUCUAGAGGGUACAGGUGAUUAACCGCUCUCUCCAAGUGACCAUUUGACGUUUUCACCUUUGCUGCACGGAUGACACCAUCUCUCCCAGGAAAGAGUUCUUCAACUAUUCCCAAUGGCCAUUUUCCUCGGUUUCUUUCAUCAGAAGCGAUGAUUACAACUUCUCCGACAGACAACGUAGACGGCUUCCCAUGGUGUUUCAUGUUGUGCUUCUCUCGUAACGCUCGUAGAUACUCGGUACUCCAUCUUUUCCACAUAUGAUCUUUGCAUGUUUUGAGAUAUCUCGCUCGUUUUCUGAGGUCUCGAUUUUCUUCAUGGUGAGGUUCCAACUCAGGUAAUACGGUAGUGCCAACGAACUGUAAACUAUUUGGCGUCAGUGUAGGUAACUCUAUGUCAUCUUCCUGAUAUCCCAAUGGGCGAUUGUUUAAAGUCACUUCGAUGUCUAACAGUACGUCUUGCAACUCGCUCCAAGUUAAACAGCUGUUUCCAAUUGACUUGUAUAACGCGCGUUUUACUAGUCCGACGAGUCGUUCGAAUUGCCCACCCCACCAAGGGGCGCGACUCAAGUUGAACUGCCAAUGAAUUCUCUCGUUCGCCAAUUUGUUGUGGAAUUGCUCAUCAGAUUGUACCUUCUUUAACCAUGUUGAUGCAGCUGCAAACGUUCCUGCGUUAUCCGAGUAAAUCUUCUCAGGUCUCCCUUUUCUUGCUAUGAGCCGUUUCAGUGUUUGCAGAAAUUCACCUGUUUCCAUCGUUUUCGUCAGCUCCAAAUAGAUUGCUCGACACAGACUACACGCGAACAAUGUCACAUACGCUUUUCCUUGUGUUUUCUUUGUCACACGAUAUUUUAUCGGUCCAGCAAAAUCCACUCCCACGACUUGGAAUGGACGGUUACCUUGGGUACGAUCUCGCGGUAAGUUUCCCACUGGUGGUCUUGCGACUCGUUUGGCGUGGAAUCGUCGACACCCGAAACAUUUCUUCAUUACUUUCUUCACCAACUGUCUCAGCCUAGGCACCCAAUAUCGCUCUCUAAUUUUUGUCAUGGUCAAACCAACUCCCCCGUGUAAGGUGCGCUCGUGAGCAUCUUGGACUAACUUUCUGGUGUAGAGAUGGUCAUCGGGUAAAUAUAUUGGGUAUUCUCCUUGCAAUCGACCGUUACAAUACAUCACUUCAUCUCCUUCGUUCGUCUUCACAUUAAGGCGUAGUAGAACGCGUGUUCGUUGUUGAUUUCUUCAGUUAUUAACGGUCCUUUGUGACGGUUUUCUUUUUCGGCUCUACAGUUGAACACGAAUCGAUGCACCCAGGCGAUAACUCUGAUGGCUUUCGUCAAUGAAAUCUUUGCGAGAAGGUCGUCAAACUCAUCUCUCGAAACCACGGCUGCACUUCUUUCACUGCUUUUGCUUCAGACUCGCUUUCGGGAGUAGCUGUCGUAACAAUAUCUGGAGGCCAUUGAUCUGGGUUCACCAACCAUUUUGGGCCGUUCCACCAAACGCGAUUUCCCGAUACAUUCCCUCCCCUGCUUCCCAGGUCGGCUGGGUUAUCAUAUGUAGGUACAUGGCGCCAGGUGAUUUCAGGAUGCUCUUGGAUCUUCUUGACCCGGUUUGCUACAAAUUGUUUAUACUGUCCACCGCCUCGUAACCACUGUAAUGCAACUGUGCUAUCAAGCCAACCGAAUACACUUAUCACUGGGACAUAAUCAAUUGCUUGUUGGGCAUUGGAUACAAGAUUCGCGGCCAUGUGAGCCGACACAAGUUCCAAUCGAGGUAUGGUGAGAUCCUGUUUUGCUAACCGUGCUUUGGCAGCAACUAAACCAACGUUAACACCCGACUCUUGCUUCGUAAUGGCAUACACCGCAGCAGAAACUCCCUUUUUGCUUGCGUCACCGAACGCAUGUAGCUCGACUUCGUCUACGAUUUCCUGAUGAACUGCUAUGGAUCUAGGGACAGUCACUUGCUCAGGGAGUUCUUUCACCCAUUGUUGGUAUUCACCAGAUAGUGGUUCUGAAAUCUUCACAUCCCAUGGUACUUUCUGUUUACAAGCCUCACGGUAGAUAUGCUUCCCUUUGAGAGUGACAGGAGAGUGAGAGUGACGAAACUAGUCCAAGUGGGUCAUAUACUCUCGCAAGAUUUCGCAAGAGUUCUCUCUUCGUUACAGAUAUUUCCAUUUUGGGAAUCACUAUGCUGAUUUCAUCUUCUUGCUUGUUCCACGUUAGACCAAGCAGGCUUGAUUGGGACUGGUUAAAUCUGGUUAGCUGCUGUUUUGCAAAGGUUUGAUCAGGUUCAGCUUCCACUUCGUUCAAGUCCCGUUCCGGUUUCACUUCACUCUGUUCGCAUUCAGUUUUCAGUUUGUUAUCUUCUAGCUGUGGUUCGUUUGAGUGCCAUUUAUGCAAGGUAAACUUGGCAUCUUCGAAGAUCUUUAUGGCACCUUCCUUUAGCUCCAUUGCACUGGCAACUGUUGGUUUCCCACUUAACAUAUCAUCAACAUAAAGACUUCGUCGUAUGUCAGCAACUAGCUCUGGUUCUUGGGCUUCCCAACUGUCCAGGUGAUGUUCCACGACUGCUGCAAGGAGGAAGGGUGAACAGGUUAAGCCAAAAAGUGCUCUUGUAAAUCUGAGUGUUUCUGUUAAAGAAUGUUCAUUUGGUUUCCAGAAGAAUCUCAGGGAAUCUCUUUCCUCUUUCUUAAUCCUCACUUGUAGAAAGGCUUGUUUCAGGUCGCCAGACAAUGCAACUGGAUGAACCCGCAUUCGUGUCAGGACGUUCCACAGCUUGUUCUAGAGCGGAGGUCCGGCAUAUAAACACUCGUUGAGACUAGGGGAUUGUGGGUUUUCUCGAGCAGAUCCAUCAUACACCACACGAAGCUUUGUCGAUUCUGCGCCUGUUCGCACAACAGGCUUGUGGGGAAGGUAAAACUCCUUGGAUGUAGGAAGUUCAUCGGCCAACUCCACUAUUCCCUCUUCCUUUUGUUGCUCGAUUACUUUGUUGUAUUCACGAGUGACUUCCAGUUUCUCUAAUUUGUUAUAUAAGCGAUCAAGUCGGCGUAGGCUGCCUUCCUUGUUGCUAGGUAAUGGUGGGUGGUUCUUCUUCCACAAUAAUCCAGUUUCAUACCAUCCCUCUGGAUCGCGUAUAAGCUGUUCACGGAACUCAGCAUGCACCGUCUGUUGAUCGUGCUCGGGUCUAUCUUCCAAGCCAAGUAUAUCUAGCCGACACAAAUCCUCAUAGUCGGUAUGGCUAGUCUGGGUUAACAACAUCUUCGAAUGAUCCAACUCCUUCCUUAGUUCUCUCUGCCACAGGCUCUCCCAGCUGACCGACACGUGGUGGUUCUGCCGUCUUUAUUGCUGCAUAAUCACUCGCCCCGAGAAUCAGGUGGACUGGCAAAAAUGGUUUGGGAUCAUUAUCCACUGUGACGACUCCUUCAAGAUGCUUAAAUGACUGAAUUAUCUCUGAAUGAUGUGGAUUGUCAAUUGUAAACAGUUUUCCCCGUUCGACUCUCGUAACUUCCACUUGUAAUUUCUCUUCACCGUCAACAGAUGCAACAUUGAUUGUGGACAAACUAACUUCACGAGUUGUGGAGCCAAGCAUCAUCUCAAUUUUACGCACUUCCUUUUAUUGGGACCGUUUUGGAAGUCGGUCUAACAGGGCUGCUGAAGCAUAAGAGCUUCCGGCUCCGGUAUCCAAUAGGGCACGACACUCGAUUCCCUCUACGUUAACAUUUACUAUUGGAUACACGACUGGUUUGCUACCUUGCUCAGUAGCUAAUAGCUUAUCUUUCAUCAUACAGAUUGAUGUAUGGUGUUUUUGCUUGCACCGCUGGCACCCAGAAGUGCUUCUACAUUCAGAAGCUCGAUGUCGUGCUCCUGUGCAAUUAAAACACAACCGUUUAGUUGCUAGGAUUUUCUUCCUCUCAUUCACAUCGACAACACGUGUACACUCACGUGACUUGUGAUUGCUGUCUUCACAAUAUACACAACUGUGUUUCCUUGCACCAGUGUUAAAGACUUUGUCUGAUCUAUCCUUACGCCUCCCUUUCUCUUUACCACUCUCCUCAUUACAUGGAUUAAUGUCUCUCCAUACUUUCAUUUCCUUAACAAGUUGCGCUAAGCCCCAAUCCUGCCAACCUUCGUGCCCUCUCACAAUAUCGCUUUUUAUACCCGGUAGUUUAUCGAUUACACUUCUUGUCAUCCCAUUAACACGCUCUAGCUUGCCUAGAGUCUCUAAAGACUGUACGUUAUAUAAUAAAGUUUUGUAAAAUUUAUCUACCUCACUUGGGUUGGCAUCCUUGACAACAGGUAACUCCAAAAUAUUCUGCACGUAUGCAUUAACAAUUUCGCUUGUUUUCCCAUAUUCGCCAGACAAGAUUGCCUUCGCUCGACUGUAACCUUCUGUAGUUAGGGGUAGCCCAUCAAUAUCCGUUCUUAUUCUUGGUUCUACGAGUUCUUUCAAAUAUGCGAACUUUAUCACCGGAGAAAGAUCAGUGCUAUCAAUUUCCGCCUUGAAUUUGUUCCAAAAUGGCAGCCAGUUUUCAUAUUUCCCAUCAAAUUUUGUUAUAGAAAGCUUAGGUAGCUUCGUUGAACUUGAACUCGCUUUCGCUUCACUCUGUCGAUUUGCUUCUAGUGCCUUUUGAAAUUUUAGUUGUUGUUCGAAUAGCUCGUGCUCUUGACGUAAUUUUUGUUCGUGUUUUUCUUCCUGAAACAUGAGUUCCUUUUUAACGGCUUCGGCUUUCUCAAUCGCGUGCGUUUUUCGCACAAUUUCGUCUUGAAUUUGUCGCAGUUCUAAAACUUUUUCGUCGGCAGCUUUUAAUUUUUCCUCAAUAGCACUUACCCACUCAGUUAUUUGCUCCUCAGUCUCCUCUUUUACGAAUUUUUCUUCCUCAAUACUGUCCUUUAAGCUGUGACAUGCAUUGACCUUUGCUAUUAUCGAAUUUUCGUGUCUGGAUAUCGCUUCGCUACUGUUCGUUUUAAUCACUUCGUCGCUUCUUUUCACGGUAAAUUCGAGUGUUCGCAAUUUCCCUUCGAGCUCCUUCACUUUUGAUUCCAUAUCUCCGUUAAUUUACAAGAAAUCAGUAGAAUAAUCACCAGUUUUAAUGCUUUUUUAAGACAGGUUUCGUUUCCCGCGGCCGUGUCGUUCGUGACCUAAUAUAAAUGCCAAUAUUUUCACAGGUUCUUGCUCUUGUACGAGCGAUAAAUCACACAAAUCCCGUUUGGAGGUGCCACUAUGUCGAGAAUUGCCCCCUGAUAGUUCUCAACACAAUAAGUUUUAGUUUUCUGUAGUUUUAAUAACAUUUAUACGCACUAUAAAUCUCUCACAACACGCUGUCUCAAAAUUGUUUCACAAAUCACAAUAACAACUACCGGUAUAUUCCGGAACUUUCCGACAGAGUUCAGUUCGGACUCGCGCGUCCCACGCGUAACAAAACAUAAUAUAUAAUGACAGUUUUCGACAAGAUAUAUCGAAAUUUUUUCGUUUGUGGCUCUCUAAAACGUAUACCACCAAAGUCAUUAACAGUCAUUAAUGUUUUACAAGCAAAAUUUUAACCUCUUAAUUUAAGUACUUAUUAUGGAUAGAUAGGGAUUAUUUAUUACCUUAAAAUCGGGCGCGUGGCUUUGCAGGCAAAAGUUCGCACAAGAUUUCACUUUUAAAAUACAUUUAUUUCUUCAAAGUUAUGCUUCUAAUAUAUAUCUUCACCUUUUUGAGACGUUUCACUAUCCGAUUCGUCAUCGUGGCUGCUUUCAUCAUCUGAGAUAUUGAUAUCCUAAGAUACUGUAUGAUAUCCUAAGAUAUUGUAUGAUAUCCCAAGAUGUUGUAUGAUAUCCCAAGAUAUGAUAUCCUCAGAUUCUGCAUGAUACCCCAAGAUAUUGUACGAUACUGCAUUAUAUACUAAGAUAUAGGUAUCCUAAGAUAAUAUAUUCAAUGAUUCAAUCUAUGAUUCAAUGAUUUAAUCUAUGAUUCAAUGAUUCAAUCUAUGAUUCAAUGAUUCAAUCUCAGGAUUCAAUGAUUCAAUCUUAGGAUUCAAUGAUUCAACUAUGAUUGAAUGAUUCAAUCUUAGAAUUCAGUGAAUCAAUCUUAGGAUUCAAUGAUUCAAUCUUAGGAUUUAAUGAUUCAAUCCUAGGAUUCAAUGAUUCAAUCUAUAAUUCAAUGAUUAAAUCUUAGGAUUCAAUGAAUCAAUCUUAUUAUUGAAUGAUUCAAUCUUACGAUUCAAUGAUUCAAUCUAUGAUUCAAUGAUUCAAUCUCAGGUUUUAAUGAUUCAAUCUUAUGAUUCAAUGAUUCAAUCUUAAAAUUCAAUGAUUCAAUCUCAAGCGGUAUGACAAGUUUUGGCAUAUGACAAGUUUUGGCAUAUGACAAGUUUCGGCGGGUAUGAAAUUUGUCAUACCGCCUGAUGAUUCUUUACAGAUGAAACAGACUGUUGCGGAAUUUUGAGGUAAGAAUCCCAGAUUGAAUCAUUGGAUCAUAAGAUUGAAUCAUUAAAUCCUGAGAUUGAAUCAUUGAAUUUUAAGAUUGAAUCAUUGAAUCAUAAGAUUGAAUCAUUGAAUCAUAAGAUUGAAUCAUUGAAUUCUAAGAUUGAAUCAUUCAAUCCUUCUAAGAUUGAAUCAUUCAGUCCUAAGAUUGAUUCAUUGAAUCCUGAGAUUUAAUCAUUGAAUCAUAAAUUGAAUCAUUGAAUCCUAAGAUUGAUUAAUUGAAUCCUAAGAUUGAAUCAUUCAAUCAUAGAUUGAAUCAUUGAAUCCUAAGAUUGAAUCAUUGAAUCCUAAGAUUGAAUCAUUGAAUCAUAGAUUGAAUCAUUGAAUCAUAGAUUGAAUCAUUGAAUCAUAGAUUGAAUCAUUGAAUAUAUUAUCUUAGGAUAUCUAUAUCUUAGUAUAUAAUGCAGUAUCGUACAAUAUCUUGGGGUAUCAUGCAAAAUCUGAAGAUACCAUACAAUAUCUUGGGAUAUCAUACAACAUCUUGGGAUAUCAUACAAUAUCUUAGGAUAUCAUACAAUAUCUUAGGAUAUCAUACAAUAUCUUAGGAUAUCAUACAGUAUCUUAGGAUAUCAUACAAUAUCUAGGGAUAUCAUACAAUAUCUUAGGAUAUCACACAGUAUCUUAGGAUACCAAUAUCUCAGAUGAUGAAAGCAGCCACGAUGACGAAUCGGAUAGUGAAACGUCUCAAAAAGGUGAAGAUAUAUAUUAGAAGCAUAACUUUGUAAAACAUUUUGAAGAAAUAAAUGUAUUUUAAAAGUGAAAUCUUGUGCGAACUUUUGCCUGCAAAGCCACGCGCCCGAUUUUAAGGUAAUAAAUAAUCCCUAUCUAUCCAUAAUAAAUACUUAAAUUAAGAGGUUAAAAUUUUGCUUGUAAAACAUUAAUGACUGUUAAUGACUUUGGCGGUAUACGUUUUAGAGAGCCACAAAUGACAAAAUUUCGAUAUAUCUUGCAUAUAAUCUGUAAUAACUCUCUGUUCUUUAGUAUUUUUUUCCUGUCUCAAGCUCGCUGGGUGAAAUAAAAAAAUUGUAUAUAUCCACACGGGGUGGGCGGGUUAAUCACUUUUUAAUGACUCUGUAAUAUGCAAAUAUCGACCAUAACAACGGCGUUGAUAACGAUUUUAACUUGAGCUUAGCAUAUCUUAGUUCUGUUUAAAAAAUUUCAUAUGUAUGUCUGGAUUUUUAUUAUUCCUUGUUUAAUAGUCCUAAACAUGGUGAAUACAUCCCCAGAGAAAACCAAGGAUGGUGUUAAAGUAGUGGACACUCUAAGAUAAUCUAAUAAAACCUUGUAAUACGAUGAAUUCAAAUAUACCUUUUAUACUUUAUUUCUAUUGUCGUUUAUGAUUUUGGGGAAUUUUGAAUAAACUGGGAUAUUCUCUGCAGAAUCCCCCCCCCCCGGGAAUUCUGCGGGAAUUCUCGCCUUCGGCUCGAGUUUGUAUAUCCGAUACAACACGGCCGCUCAUGUUGUAAAUAGUACAUAUAUGUGGGGAUAAAUAUUAGCAAAGUAUUAAACUUAAAAAAUUUUCUUAAUUUAAAAUGCCAGUAAUCAUUGGCCCACACUCUUUAAAUACAUUACAAGCGCGCGUGUAAUUGAUAUGAAAUUAUACUGUGAUGACGUCAUGGGGUGGUGCUUAGUGCGCCACCCGUCCCAGAACUCCCCUUCCCUAUACUAGUAAUUGAUAAACAUUGCGUUGUUCAGCAUACAAUAUAAAAAAUGUCGUUAUGUGGGAUUUUAUUGUUUAUUAGAUAGUAGAGCUGGAACGCCCAGUUCAUUUAUUCCACAAGGAAAGUUGUGUUUUGUAGGAUUCUGAAACUGUUGUGGAACAACAUUAUCCUGACAACAUACCAAUAUUCCGCCGCAACGAAAACAACGACACGCAAACUUUAAAUUCACCUUACAAACUCUUGCUAAAACUCUAAACCUGUGCAACUAUUAAUGGCACAAUCCAUACAAUGAGCGUAUAUAGUGAACAUUUACUGAGAUUUUUGCGACAAUGAAAACCAUUAUUGUUUUCCAAAUCCGUGAGUAUUGAAUAACAUUAUUUUCAGUAAUACUAUAAUUGUUUUUUAUAGUCUGCGUUAAGUGUAAGCAUUCAUGAUGGCCUCUAUCUACCCAACCGGGAUUUUAUUAUCCUGCCUAAAGCUAUUGGUCGUGGAAAGUUUGGAGUGUGUUUCAAAAUCUUGGAUAUAAAAUCUGGAAAGAACUUUGCGUUAAAAAAGGUAAUGGUUAAAUAUGAAUUUUAUUUGUAUGAAUAAUUCUUUGGAAGAAAAAAGUAACUCAUUUUGCUAAGCCAAAUUGCAUUAUCUAGUAUCAUAAAACCUCUCAAUUUUACGUCAUCGCAUAAAUUAUAUCCAAGUGUCAGAAUUUAUAGAAUUGCUUGCCCUCUUUAUGUACACUGUAUCGAGCCGUGUCGUGGGUUGUUGUUGUUGGUUUUUUGGGG